CGGGGCUAAAACCUGGCAGCGACCAAUGGCGUUCGGGGUGAGAAUUAAGGCGUGCAAGGUGCCGGCUGGUCCUUGUUGCAAGCGAUUUCUUACUGUGAGUGUCAGGCAACCUGGUCAUUAUGGAGGCAGCCUUGACCGAAGAACUGGAUGAAGAGGAGCAGCUGGUGAGAAGGCAUCGCAAGGAAAAGAAGGAGCUGCAAGCCAAAAUUCAGGGUAUGAAAAAUGCUGUCCCCAAGAAUGACAAAAGGAGAAGGAAGCAGCUCACUGAAGAUGUUGCAAAGUUGGAAAAAGAAAUGGAACAGAAACAUAGAGAAGAACUGGAGCAACUGAAACUGGCUGCUAAGGAAAAUAAGAUAGAUUCUGUCGCUGUUAACAUUGCAAACUUGGUACUUGAGAAUCAGCCACCUCGGAUAUCAAAAGCACAAAAGAGACGGGAAAAAAAAGCUGCAUUGGAAAAGGAACGGGAAGAAAGGAUAGCAGAAGCUGAAAUUGAGAACUUAUCUGGAGCCAGACAUAUAGAAAAUGAAAAACUUGCUCAAAUAUUGGCAGCCAGAGAGUUAGAAAUUAAGCAGAUUCCAUCUGAUGGCCACUGUAUGUACAAAGCCAUUGAGGAUCAGCUGAAAGAACAGGACUGUGCUCUGACUGUGGCUGCUUUGCGAAGUCAAACGGCUAAAUAUAUGGAAAGCCAUGUGGACGACUUUUUGCCGUUUUUAACAAACCCUAAUACAGGAGAUAUGUAUACCCCAGAAGAGUUUGGAAAAUACUGUGACGAUAUUGUAAACACAGCUGCAUGGGGAGGACAGCUUGAGCUAAGAGCUCUGUCUCACAUUUUACAGACACCUAUAGAGAUAAUACAGGCAGAUUCUCCUCCUAUUGUAGUUGGCGAAGAAUAUUCUAAAAAGCCAUUAACACUUGUAUAUAUGAGGCAUGCGUAUGGCUUAGGAGAACAUUAUAAUUCUGUUACACGGUUGGUGAACACAGUUACUGAAAAUUGCAGCUAGUUUAUAAAAUGUUACACAUGUAUUUAUGUUUUAGAACAGUAUGCCAGUCUGAGUAUUCCUGCCAAGUGCUAGAUUGUUCUAAAUGCUAUUGAAAAACACAACUACCUUAAUCAGUUUUAUGAAUAAGUUUACAAACAGGCUUUUUAGGAUUAUGUCAAAUAUAUCAGAGAUAAAUUUUUUAACCAUUUUCCUCUUCAUGGUAUUCUUAGAACUGCUAAGUCUUUUGUGAAGAACAUCAUUCACAGGCCCAGAAAGUACCCUCCUCACUGAUAUUUUUAAUUCUGUCUUCCUAAUAUUCUGGUUUGGAGUAAAUUUUAAAUGUUUAAAAAUUCUCCCCAAUGAUGAAAGCUUCCCAAGUAAUCAUUUCAAUGUAAAUUUUUUUCAAACUGCACUGAUUGUUUGUUUGUUUGUUUUUUGGUACCGGGGAUCAAAUUCACGACCUCGUGCUUACCAGGCUGGCGCUUAUGCCACUGAACUAAAUCUACCCAGCCCAUUCAAUGCAAAUUUUUUGAAGAAUUAAAGUGACUGCUUCUCUUUGUCAUUCAAAUAAUGUAUGGUGGUAGCAAAUUUAAUUAAUGGUCAUAAAAUGGUUAUAAAAGCUUCAUUGUAGUAAAUUUGGUGUUCAUAGAAUUAAUGUGGUAAAGCUUUUUAUAUACUACUGUACAUUUCAAAAGAGCAGCUGAGAAGCUUGCUUUAAUAAUUAAGAAUUUUUAAAUAUUCAGAUAGAAAUCAGUGGUGAGGUUUAAAGAAAUGAGACAAAGAGAUAAACAUGUUCACUCUUGUCUGCUUUAAACUCUAAAGAAUUAAGAAGUUUGCCUUUUAUUUGCAUAUAACUUUAAAAAGACCUAGCACAUUAUGGUCUAAUUUGUUUGUUACCCUCCAGUGUUUCUUAAGCUUCAGGCUGGAGUCCGUGCCAUCAUCUCUUGAUGCUCUUCCUAACUGUGGGUUUUUAUGUUUUCUAGUGGGUUUUUCUAUCACUGCUCAGCAGUUUUGCUUCCCGUCAACUUUUCCCAGAAGCCUCUCUCCCUCUUUAUAUUGUUAUAAAUUGAGGAUUUGGCAGUAAAAGGGGCCAAGGCCACAUUUACUUCAAAUUCUUCCUCUUUCCAAUUUGUUUUACAUGAUUGCUGCCUUUUUAUUCAUUCUCUAGUAUUGUCAUUUUUUCCUUUCAAAUAUUUGAGAACUUUUAUGUUUCCUAUGUGGGUAUGGUUGAAGAGCCAACAGCUGUGUAGUAAAAUCAGGUUUUCUGUGUGAAUGACUUGUCUAAUUUAAAUGCCAGCUAACUUAUAACAGUAUUCUUCCUAAAAGGAGAGUCCCUAUCUAUGCAAGUAUAUUUGAUAAUUUGUUAUGUAAAAAAAAAUUAUGAAAAUAAGAACUUUUGAUGUGUUUUUCCCAAGUUCCUUGAAAUUCUGUUUUAUGUAUAAUUUUAUGAGUAAAAAUUGGGUUUAUAAUACUAUAAAUGGAGCUGGGCAUGGUGCUACAUGCCUGUAACCCCAGCCAUUGGGAGGAUGAGGCAGGAGGAUCGUCUUGAAUUUGAGGCCAGCUUGGCCUACAUAGUGAGAUCAAGGCCAGCCCACACAACAGAGCAAGACCUUGUCUCAACUCCCCCCCCCCGCCCCCCCCCCCCAAAAAAAUGAUAAGUGGAGCCAGUCUCACCUGGGCAACAGGUAACACUGAGAAGCUGGUAGGGGCUGUGGUCCACUAGAACAAGUCUGUACUUCCCAAGGGUGUCCUAAUCAACAGUUUAAAAACCACUCUGCUUGCCAAACAAGGUACUUUCAAAUAUCCCUGUUUUUUAACCUUUGACCUGGAUUUUUUUGAGGUCUGAAGUUAAUAAAGAAAUGGAGCUGUAAAAUAUAAAGUGCUUUGUGUUUAUUUUAAAGUACUCUUUCUUGCUCUAAAAUUAAAAUAUUAGCAUUAAGAAGUAAUAAAACAUCGUGAAAUCUAGUUGUAAAGUCUACCUUCAUCAAAAGUAUUCUAAGAUAAGUAAUUUUUUUUGACAAAAAGUCAAAACAUUCUUGUUUUUUGUGUCUGUUAAAAUUAUUUUUAAAUGAUCAUGGUCAGUACAGUUAUGAACAAGAUUUGUAUGGUCACCUAUUUUUUCAUAAAACUUUAAGUAAAUAUCAUUUUAUCUAUAACUGAAAAGUUUUUUAAAAAUUACAGAAAGUACAUAUACUAAUUUAGUUUGCUGUAUGAUGGUCUAAUGGAUAUUAUAUAAGCAUUCUUUUGUCCUGAUUUGUAAAAGUAUACGUCAGAGUUCUGGAAAUGUCCUUAGCCAAGAAUUCUAUCCACUUAAAAAUGUUUACAACUUGUGUAAAGUAAAAAUGAAUGUAAUUAUAGUGAGCAAUGUAGUUUUGCUGAGAUUCUCAGAUGUUUGCCAAAAGAAGAAUAAAAAGUGAAUGAAUUAAAUCAA